AUGAAUGCCCACUCGGAGCCAAAGAUUAUCGUCGCAGUUGAUUUCGGUACUACUUUCUCUGGUGUAGCUUUUGCGUACACAGAUGAGCCGGAUGAUAAAGAAGUCAUAUCUGCCUGGCCUAGUGGAGGAAACAGGACAUCCGACAAAGUCCCUACCGAGGUCUCUUACGAUGACAGGGCACCUGGAGGAUACAGAUGGGGAUUCGACAUCAGGCCAGGGCAGAAAAGACAUCAGUGGUUCAAACUGCAACUCGAUCCAUCCCAGAAACUAGCAACCAAGGCAUCGAGCCUGGCAAGAAGGUACCCAAGUAGGACAGAACUCCCCCCAGGCUAUUCCGGAGAUAUAUCACAACAUGUAACGAACUAUCUUACUGCCUUGAUGAAACACACGAUGGGGGUUUUGGUUAAGAGAUAUAGUCAAAAAUUCGUGGAUGACACGCCCAUUGAAUAUAUCCUUACUAUCCCGGCACUAUGUGAGCCAGAAGCCGCAGCGAUAUAUACACUGAGCGCGAUUCAACCAAACAACCUGCGGUUAGGUGACAACUUUGUUGUGUGCGAUGCAGGGGGCGGAACUGUGGAUCUAAUCACGUAUAAGGUGACGCAAUUGGAUCCAUUACAAGUGGAGGAAAGUGCAGUAGGCGAUGGUGGACUCUGUGGUAGUACAUAUUUGAAUCGAAGGUUCGAGGAAUAUCUAGAAAAUAGGAUCGGGGCAGGUGUUAUGGCGAAAAUUCGACCAGAGGCCAAAGCAUCAAUGAUCAAAGAAUUUGAUGAGUUUAUCAAACCCAACUUCUCCGAUCUUGCUCAGGUUGACGAAUACUUUGUCACCACUCCGGGAAUUGAACCGACUGAAGCCAACGGUAUUCAAGACGGCUUUCUAAUCAUAACCCGCGCAGAAGUCCGAACAAUAUUUGAGCCAGUUGUCUCAGAAGUACAAGAACUCGUUCUCAACCAAAUACGAGAUGUAGAGAGGGUGGGAGGACACAUCGCUGCUGUUCUUCUUGUUGGUGGGUUUGGUGCCAGCGACUAUCUUCGAAAGCGCUUGUCUGCGUGCGUAGAUGCUGAAAUAAUGCAACCCAAAAAUGCCUGGACUGCGGUUGUCCGUGGAGCUCUCAAACGUGGUCUAGAGGGACCUCUCAUCUCCCAAAGACAAGCCCGCCGCCACUACGGGGUUAGGUACUGGAGCAAAUUUCGCGAAGGUGUCGACCCAGAAUCCAGCAAGUUCUGGUCUUCCUUUGAAGGGUUUUACAAGUGUACCAACUUGAUGAGAUGGUAUCUCAACAAGGGGGACUCUGUGUCGGAGACAAAGGCCGUGACACUCAAUUGGUCGAGGACCAUGGGGGUUAAUAGUAAUUUAACCUCAGAAGAGGUCGUCAUCUACUGCUGUGAUGAUGAAAAUGCGCCAAGUUACAAGUCCUGGAAUACAACAGAGAGUAAGACAUUGGGAGAUCCAGAUCAAUAUCAGAUCUCAUAUGACCUGGAGAUGACGAUGGAUUCGGCAUCUAUAAGCUUUGUGAUGCUUAUCGAUGGUAUUAAAUAUGGCUCCGUUCAGACAGAGUUUGUUUGA